GCAUUGAAAGAAAUAGGCUUGACGGAACUUGCCUUCCCAGCCUAGGGCAGGAAGUUUUCCCAUAACUCCGUCCUGGAAUCAACGAACAGAUCUAUGUUUUUUCCGACACAAUGGCGAAAGUUCUCGGCAACGCUUUUCGUCGAUCGCGUCUCCUCUUCGUUACGGCCUCUCCUUCGGGGCCUCGUCUGACGAUAUCUCCCCCCUCCCCUUUCUAUGGAGGAGGAAGGUCGUUCGAGACUCUCGCCUUUGAAGAGAUAAAGACAUCUGAGAAGCCUUACGAUUCCACCGCUUUCGUCCUCCACGGCCUGCUCGGAUCCGGAAGGAAUUGGAGAUCGUUCUCCCGAGAUCUCGCCGCCCAGCUCCAAAAAUCAUCUCCCUCUCGUGUUUGGAGAAUGGUACUGGUUGACAUAAGAAAUCAUGGGAGAUCAGCUGGACUGAAAGAGCUAGAUCUUCCCCACAACAUGUUUAAUGGAGCCAAAGAUAUGGCUAAUUUGGUGAAGUUCCAUGGUUGGGCCUGGCCAGAUGUAGUCUUAGGCCACUCCAUGGGUGGAAAAGUUGCAUUACAGUUUGCAGCAAGUUGUGCGCAUGGGGACUAUGGUGAAUCAGCUAUCAUGCCAAAGCAGCUCUGGGUGUUGGAUUCUGUCCCAGGUGAAGUAAACUCUAAUGAGACUAGUGGUGAGGUAGAAAAAGUUUUGCAGACUCUUCAAGAUUUGCCUUCGCCGCUGCCAUCACGCAAGUGGGUCAUCGAUCAUAUGCUGAGUCUUGGAUUUUCAAAAAUGCUCUCCAAUUGGAUUGGGAGCAACCUGAAUAAUGACGGUGAACAUGUAGAGUGGGCUUUUGAUCUUCAGGCUUGCAUAGAUAUGUUUAAUUCCUAUAGGGAAGAGAGUUAUUGGUCUCUAUUAGAAUCUCCACCAAAUGAAUUGGAGAUUGCUAUUGUUCGAGCAGAGAACAGUGACAGGUGGCCUGAGCAUGUCGUUAACCGACUCAAUCACCUCUCUCAAAAGCGAAGAGUGCCCAAAGAAGGAAAGGUUUCAUUUCAUCUGCUGCCUAAGUCGGGCCACUGGGUGCAUGUCGACAACCCCAAAGGGUUACUUGAAAUUGUGGCACCUAACUUCUACUCAAAUGCUUGAAUUAUCGUAUCUUCCUUUUGUGUAUUUGGAGCAACACAAGGAAAAAUGGCAUCUAGUGUUCAAAAGUAUGCAGAAUAAGAGGAGCACAUUUGAGAUGCUAAUUCCUUGACCAUAAUUUCAGUUAUUACUCUUUCUGCCAUUUCCUUUGGCCAUCAUGCAUUCUUGAAUGCAUUACAUGCACUGAUUCAUUCAUCUAAUUUUAAAAUGAUUCUGGCCUUCAAAAC